AUGGAGUAUAUAAUCUAUAAGCAUUGCCUGAGUUAUUGCGCAGAUCAUUUGCAAGGCUUUGCAGCUGAGGGACUACCAGCCAGGAUUGAGGGCAUCACAAAGUUCCUGGACCCCACCAUCAUGAUCUCCCAACUCUUUCUAGUUUUGGUUCUGGCUAAUGCAACCUUGGGCAAAGUGAGCUCAAACUUCAAUGACUGUCGUGGUCAGUUCUACGUUAGUACACCCCCUGUGGGAUUCACCAGCCUGCCAGGUUCCAUCGCCCCUAUCUGCCAGAUGUACGAGAACUACAACAAUCCUUUCUUUGCAUCGCUGUAUCAUAAGGGUUACCGAUACCCUCUGUACUCUGCUUAUAUCCUGGACAGCCGACCAGGGGAUGCUACAGGAGCCAGUCAGACCUUUCGACUAGAGCCACAGCUGGUGGACACCAGGCUUCCCCAGCAAAUAACCCUUCAGCCUCAGACGGAAACAGCUAUCCGCAACCUCGGCCUCUCCGGAGUUCCUGUUGACCUCAUAAAAAACAACCAAGCCAUCAACUCCGAUUAUACAGGAAGUAACUACCACAAGGGCCACCUAAACCCCAACGCUGACCACCCUGAUGGGCCCGGGCAACUGGUCACCUAUACCCUGACCAACGUAGCGCCCAUGUAUGGGUCCCUGAACAGCGGAGCUUGGCGGGCCAAUGAGAAGAGAGUGAAGGAUAUUGCAGCCACCUGUGGCAGGAUGUACGUGAUAACCGGUGCGGUGCCAGGAAACAACUGGAUUGCGGUCAACGGCGUCCAAAGAGUCAACAUUCCCAGUCACAUCUGGAGCGCCUUCUGCUGCCUGAACAACAACAACCAGCCAAUCAGAGCCGAAGGGUCCCUGGCACCAAAUAAUGCCAACACGGUAGAGUCUGGAAUCACUAUUGCCAACCUGCAGACCAAGUUGAGAUCCCUUCUGGGAGUCAGCGUGACGCUGUUCCAAAACAACUGCAGUUAAAGUGUGCAAUGU